AAUCUUCCACUUCCAUAUUUCAGAAAUUAUUGAAGUAAGUCAGAUUGAAUUUUUGGAAACUUAUCGUUCUAAGUUUGGCAAAGUUGGAGACAUACUUGCAAGAUGUCUUGCAGAUUUGUCUGCACUUUCUCCAAUUACAAUAUUGUUUUCUACUUAUUCUGGUCCAGCAUAGGAAUUGCCGAUGUGAUUUUCAGGAAUGCAAUUGCACUGGUCAAUUUGGAUAACCCAAAUUAUAUCACGACUAUCUGGUGGUGUGUAGCUUUCUCAGAUUGUUCCUUGCGGGUCAAUUUGGAUAACCCAGAAAAUGAGCUUAUUUUCCACACAGAAAUUUCUUGUGCUGGACGUCAUUUCCAUUCACACGCAAAGUGAUUUGAAAAAAAUCACCUUUGGACUAUUCAAUAUUAAUAUUUGCAGUUUCAGAUUUAAAUGCUCGACAGACACGUGACGAACCUGCUGAUUUGCAAAUGAUAUUGGACACAUACUAACUUCUUGUGGACAAACAUCGCUUACUGGCAUUAGAGAACCGAUAAGAGCUUGCGCUUCAAUGCUCAGACCCUGCUGAUUCUGCAUCUGAUGGUUAUUCAAUGCAAUAUAUGUUUAAUGACAACUGGUGGUUUACUUUGCUGUCCAAAACACGUGGUUGCUGAGAAUUUUUUUGUACAAGCCAAUUUGCUCAAACUCUGAAUCCGAUCUCUGCAUGAAUACAUUAUUUCAAGGAUAGUACUUUGUCUAAUCCUCACUUGACAAGUAUAUACCCUUCAUUCAAGAUGUUAUUCUUGCAUGUUGACUUCAACCACUCCACAUCCUGGUUGCAUAAUAUGAACAUUCAAAGUCUUUCUUUAAUCGUCUCCGUCUAGAAAAGCCAAGUUGAAGCUUGGAAAAAAGGACAAAUUUUUAAGUCCAAUAUAAGAUCCAAAUCCUCGUAUUAAUUAAGCUGUUGGACAAGGCUUCAUCCCCGGGAAUGGCGAAGACAAGAGUUCUUCAGUUUUUGCUUCCAGUCAUCUUGCUUUCGCUCAUCAGCCACGUUCAGACGCGUAAGAUCGAGGAAAACUCAGCCUCCGAUAUUAUCUUUGAGGCAGUUCAACAUAUAAAGCAGCCAGUGCUGUUCUUGAGCCGUUUGGUUUCAUCGGAUGACUGCGAUCUGACGUAUGGGUUUCUGCCAUGCACUACCACCGUAUGGGGGAAUGUGUUCCUGAUUCUGGUGUAUGGUUACCUGAUGUUCCUAGCGGCGAAGCUGUUGUCCAAUGGAAGCGAGAUUUUGUUGCAAAUUCUUGGUCCUGGCAUUAUUGGGGGUCUCUUUCUGCCAAUACUUAGCUCACUUCCUGAUGCCACAAUUAUCCUGGCAUCUGGUAUCUCUGGGAGCACAGAAGAAGCUCAAAGCCAGGUCUCUGUUGGGAUGGGCUUGCUCGCUGGAUCGACGGUAAUGCUUCUGACUGUUCUGUGGGGCACUUGCAUUAUCGUUGGAAAAUGCGAUAUCGAGAACUCAACCACCGUGGAUAAAAAGGAUACCAAAUUAUUCAGCUUAGCUGGAUCUGGGGUGAGCACCGACAUCUGGACAAGCUAUGCAGCAAGAAUCAUGAUGAUCUCUAUAAUACCAUUCAUAAUAGUCCAACUGCCAGAAAUUUUUGGCGCGAGCUCUCUAAGCCGAGCUGCAGUUCUAGUUUCUUUCAUUGUUUCCAUAUGUUUGUUGCUGUCUUACAGCCUCUACCAGAUUUUCCAGCCAAGAAUACAGAAAAGAAGAAUCGCAUAUGCAAUGCAUAAGCGCGUAAUAUCAGGACUCCUGCAGCAAUUGAGAGCGCGCACACUUGGAAAGCUAGUUACCGAAGAAGGCAAACCCAAUACAGUUGUCCUAGAAAAGUUAUUCAAGAAACUUGAUGUGGACUCUAAUGGAUACCUAUCCCCAGCAGAGCUACGAGCCCUAAUUGUCGGAAUCCAGAUUGAAGAGGUAGAGAUAGACAUGGAUGACGCGGUUGAUAAAGUGAUAGAGGAUUUCGACAGUUCUCGAGAUUCAAAACUUGAGUCUACUGAGUUCAUUGAAGGGAUCUCUAAAUGGCUCAGGAGGGCUAGACGCGCUGCAGCAGGAGCACAUGCGGAUGACGAUAUAUCCCUGACAUCAAGGCUUCUGAGCAAUUUUGACGAGCGGACGGAGCAACAGCUUGAUCAGUUGGUAGACCAGGAAGACGAGCUGGCGGUAGAUGAUGUGGCAAACGUGAAGUGGAAUACUGCCAAAGCGAUACUAAUGCUGCUUCUUGGAACAGCUAUUGCCGCCGUCACUGCAGAUCCCCUCGUGGAUGCAGUUGACAACUUUUCAACCGCCACAAGUAUUCCUUCUUUCUUCGUGUCGUUUGUGAUCCUUCCGUUCGCCUGCUCCAGUGAGAUCGUCUCGUGCCUCAUGUUUUCCAGCCGGAAGAAAAAGAGAACCAUGUCUUUAACGUACUCAGAGAUAUAUGGAUCAGUGACCAUGGGCAAUGUCCUGUCCCUGGCGGUUUUCUUGGGCUUGGUUUAUGUGCGCCAAUUGACAUGGGACUUCUUCUCCGAAGUAUUGGUGACGGUAAUUGUAUGCAUUUUGAUGGGUGCGAUCGCUAGUUUCCGCACUACCUUCCCUCUUUGGAUGAGUUUCUUGGCCUAUGCACUUUACCCCCUCUCGUUGUUACUGGUGUAUGUUCUUGACUAUGUUCUUGGAUUGUCAUGAGUAUGUUCACCCUGCAAUUUACUCUGUAAUAAAACUGAGGCUAUAUAGACCCUCACGGCUUGUUUAGCAUUUGUUUUGUAAACACUGAGGCUCGUCAUUUAAAUCAAUUUCCAUGUCUUUGGACAUUGCUU